UUACAGGCAUGAGCCACCGCACCUGGCCCACAGGUUGAUUUUUAACAAGGAUUAAAUGAGACACCUGUGGGACCUGCUUCGGCUGGCGCUCGGGAUGUGCAGUGGUUAUUCCGCACCGUGGUGAUGGUGGCAGUGGUCAUUGUUCCUAUGGUGAGUCCUGAAAACAGCGUUGGUUUCCUGAAGACAGGAACAUGUCUUCUGUCUGUCUUCUCUGCCCUCCUGCCCACUCCUACUUCCCCCUCCGUGCCCUGCAGAGGCAGCCUACUGGGCAUGGGCCGAGAGCCCGUGAGAACCUGGUGCAGGUGGAAGGAAAGGGGACCCCACGGGGAAGGCAGAAGGGCCAGGGCUUUCCCCAGCAGUGGCCGAAUCUGAACGGAGAUGACUCUGUGUUGCUGUGGCCACUCCAGACCCCAGACCACAGCCUGAUAGCCAAGCUCCCGAGGGAGCAGAAGGCACCAGCCGCCUCAGAGAGGAGGCGCGGCCCAGUCAGGGCCCCACGUUGUCAUGGGUCCAGCUGUCCUCAGGAGGGAAACUGUCUCGCGAGCCUGGAGACUUCCGGUUGCUUCUCAGAGGAAAGGAAGCCCCCUCCCCUCUGCAGCCCUCAGUUUCUUCACCUGUCAAACGCCCUGCCUUUGAGGAACCCUCUCACAGGACAGCUGGACGCAGCCAGGCGGGAAGAACUCUUCACCAGCCCCGUCUCCAUCGCCCGGCUGCCAUCACUGCCGGCAUCGACACUGACCCUCCAGCUCCAGCACCAGGUCACCACCCUGCCCCUCAUCCAUCCUCUUCCUCCACGCGUGAUGAAUGAGCGUUUCUCAUUCAAUCAUUCUCAGAGGCAGCACAGCAUGGCCAGUAGGAAAGAGGAUGCGGGAGCCAGACUGCCUGGCUCCACCACCCACCAGCUGCUUUUAUUCCCUGCCUGCUGUAGUUCCCCGGGUCGUAACAUGGGGAUACAAAUAAUAUUUUCCUCAUCAGGUCACCAGGAGGCUUAAAUAAGCCCAUACUGUAAAGUGCUUACAGGGCCUGCCAUAUAGUAAGUACCCCAUAAUUACUGUCAUUCAUUCAUUCAUUCAUUCAUUCAUUCAUUCAUUCAUUCAUGCAUUCUAUCCUGCCUGUUUCUGAAAGAGUUGAGAUGACUCACGAUGGAAAUGCAAUGAUAAUAGGACUUUAAAGUCAGGUUAAAAGAACACAAGCCUAGGCUGCAGAGGAGAGGCUGCCCCAGAACCUGGGCCAAGCGAGCCUCCUCCCGGCGUCUCGUCCAACACAUAAAGGCUGCUGGUAUCGAUUCUCCUUUUCUGAUAAAAGGAAGCACAACAGCUUUCCAGCAGAAUACAAGAUGUUUUUCUGGUUCAAACUUUAUGAAUGACAUUAAACAAUGCAAUGGGUAGCCUCCCCCUCGCCUCACCCUGUCCACCUUUUUAAUCAACUCCUGAGAAAUGGGGUCUGCUCUUCAUCCCAUCCCACUCCCCAUUUCCAGACCCUGGGGAAACCUGCAGUCCCAGAGAGCCUGACAGCCCCCAGAGCAAAACCUUCAGCUGUCCCAGGAGAAGGACACUCGGGGAGCCAGCCGGAGCUGGCUGCUUUCAGCACCAGGGGACAACUCUAGGAAAAAGCCGAGCCACGGAGUCAAGGAGGGCCUUCCCUACCGCUGCAGACAGCAAGCCCCUUCCAGACGCUUCCCCGCAGCUACAGCAGCAAGCGCCCCUGUGACAGGCCGGGAAUGCUCACGGAGAAAACCCAGAGCUGUCUACACUUCCCCUCACCGGCUUCCCCUUCUCUCAGCAGCGGCAGGCGCAGGAAAGCUCCUGAUUCCCGGAGGACCCCUUACACCAGCACCGUGAGCCGAUCGACGGCAGAGUUUCUCCAGCUCCUAAGUCUUCAGUGACUCCCUACUGCCCAAGGAAAACAGAAGACACCUGAGGCCUUGCACAGUGGACCUCACUCUCAUCCCUCCCCCAAGAGAAUGCUCUGCCUCGAGCCGAAGGCCGUGGGCUCUGCAGACUCCAGGCCUCUUCUUCUCAGGGCGGCCUUCCCUUUCCCUACACUCAAGACACAGCCCAAGUCCCACCUCCUCCAUUGCAAGGGACACCACGGUCUGAAGUCCUGCUGGGGAAAGAGCCUAGUUUUUCAGCCAGGUAGGCCUGAGUUAGAGUCUCAGCUCAGUUCCAAUCCCAUUAGCUGGUUACAAGUCAUUAACUUUGUCAACCUUCAGUAAAUGGAAAUCAGGCCCACGCUGUAGGUGCCUGGGGGUGCUGAUGGUUGAGUGGAAUCUGUUCUUUUGACCUUCCCAUCAUCCUUGCCCCUUUCUUUUGGUGAUGUCCCCUGGAUUUUCUGUUGGGUAUGUGGUCCAGGGGUGGCUGACCUCACUCCUGGUUCCAGCAUAAGAUCAUGACUGAGGCCAGGUCAAUAAGAAUAUUCCCUCACCGCGGCCACAGAGUCAGAUUCCCAGGGAUGAACUUAUGACUCAAAACAGGCUGGUGGGAACACACUUGGGGUGUUAGCUGGAGUUAUUGAAGCUUUCUUUCCCACUGGAGUCACUAGGUAGAUAGAAGGAAAGCUGAAGCCUUUAGCCACUGCUGUGGGUUGAAAUGUGUACCCCAAAAAGAUAUGCUCAAGUUCUAAUCCCCUGCACCUUUGGAGGUGGCCUUAUUUGGAAAAAGGGUCUUUGCAGAUGUCGGCAAGUGAAGAUGAAGCCAUCUUGGAUUAGGGUGGCUUGUGGCUUCUGUCCAAUACCUUGUGUCCUUCUAAGAAGACAGAAAUUGAGACACAGACACACACAGGGAAAAGGCCGAGUGAUGACAGCAGCAGAGACGGGAGGGCGGCAGCUACAAGCCGAGGGAUGCCAAGCAUGGCUGGCACCGCCCAGGAGCCUGGAGAGAGGCAGGGUACAGCCUCCUCUUUAGAGCCUCAAAACACCCUACCCACACCCUGACUUCAGACUUCCAGCCUCCACAACUGGGAGAGAAUCACUUUCUGUUGUGUUAAGCUACACGAGUUCGGGGUGAUUUGUUACAGCAGCUGCAGGAAACGAACACAGACACCAAAUGGAGAGACUGUGUCUGAGACUAAGGCCAGCACCAUGGAAUCAGAGCCACCAGGAGGGGCACGUGGACUCUCGGCCCUGUGGCCACACUUGGCUCCCCCAGCGGCUGAAGCACGAAGUCUACCGGACUUACUAGACUUUUCCAUUACCUGGACCAAUAUAUUCUCUGUUUUACUUAAGCUGUUUCGAUUGGGUUUCUGGCUAUUUCAACUGAGAGAGGCCUGACUCUCAGUCAUACAGAGACAAUGGAUGUAAAAUGCAUUGAAGGCCAGGCACAGUGGCUCGCACCUGUAAUCCCAACACUUUGGAAAGCCAGGGCGGG